UGGACGUGCCCCCUCUCCUCUCCUCCUCCUCCUCUCCUCCUCCUCCGCAGUGCACUUGCAGCUGAGCAGCCCUCCUGACAGGACGCUCUCCUCCUCCUCAUCUUCCUCGCCUUCAUCUUCUUCAUCUUCUUCUUCCUCCUCUUCUUCUUCUCCUCCUCCUCCUCUCUGUGUUGAAGGGUUGGGGGGCGGAUGCACCGGCAGUCGCAUUGACUUGUACACUCCAGAGGUCCCGGGCAGACGCGUGACGGCGCGGACUCAUUGAUAAAAAAAAUUCAAAAAAAAAAUCAGUGGUGCUGGGAUUAAAAUGAACUCUCCUGCUGAGCGGCUCUCCUCCUUCUCCUCUUCCUCCUCCUCUUCCUCCUCCUCAUAGCGCUGCCUGCUUCUCUGCACAUGAUCUGUUUUAUGUGACUCCAGCAGGCGACGCAGGAUGACUACUACCUUACCGCUGGUGAUUUUGUGCGCUCUGGUGGCGUUAGUGGCGUCGUCCAAGACGGAGCGGGCGGUGCUGCUGCUCCCAUGUGACUCCGGCCAGUACACAAGCGGCAGGGAGUGCUGCAUGGAGUGUCCACCUGGAGAGGGCGUGGUGAGGAAAUGUGGAGCCACUCAGACCACAUGCGCCCAGUGUUUGGACAGUGAGACCUUCUCAGGAAACUACAGCCACACAGAGGAGUGCAGCCCGUGCACGCAAUGCACCGGUCUGAUGCGGCUGGAGACGCCCUGCACCGACUCCAACGACGCCAUCUGCGUCUGCAACUACAACUACUUCUUCAACGCCAUAUCUGGGCGCUGCGAGUCGUGUACGGUGUGCCCGAUGGGAAGAGGCGUGUACAGUCACUGCGGGCACGAUCACGACACGGUGUGCGAGGAGUGCAUCGACGAUACCUUCUCUGACCGGGAGAGCUCCCUGGAACCCUGCCUGCCCUGUGCCAUCUGCGAUGAGGAAACUGAGAUACAGCUGGCUGAGUGCACGCCCACCCGUGACUCAGUCUGUCACAAUCCUAACGAACCCACAGAUAUAACUCCCACCUCCGACAUGGGUCCGUCUCUGCCGUCAUUCACCAAUUACUUCCCCCCAGAUGGCUCGGACAGCCCGUUGCCCGGCGGAGAGACGACCACGUCAAGUGCCGGCUCUCCUCGCUUCCUUGGCCACGGCCUCAACGAAAACCUCAUCCCCAUCUACUGCUCCAUCCUGGCCGCGGUGGUGGUGGGCCUGGUGGCGUACAUUGUUUUUAAGAGGUGGAAUAGCUGCAAGCAGAACAAGCAGGCAGCGAAUAACCGAGCGGCCACGAACAACCAGAUGGUGACGCCGGAGGGAGAGAAGCUGCACAGCGACAGCGGCAUCUCGGUGGACAGUCAGAGUCUGCAGGAGCAGCAGCAGCAGCAACAGCAGCAGCAGCAACAGCAGCAACAGCAGGCCCAGGCUGAAGUCCAGACUCAGCCCUCACACUCACACACACAGGAACAGAUAGUGGUGAGGGUGGACGGUGGCCCCCAGCCUGACUCACCUCCCCCUGGAGUCUGAGGUUGGAAGAAGGGGAGAAAGGAGGCGGCAUCAGAGCAGAAGGCAGGGAAGAGGAGAGCGGGGACCUGAACCCUGGACCAAAACCAGAGCAGGGAGCGGCACACACUGCAGAGAAACUGACUCUGAUUCUCAUCUGAAGUGGCCACAUGGCAAAGACUUGACUUGCAUGGACCUCCCAGCAGCUUUGGACCUCAGUCCGACUCUUCAUCCCUGCAUAUAGAGUCCGACUCUAUUUAUCAGUGUGCCUGGACACAACCUCUACAGCAAUAUCAGUCACUAUCUGUACCAACGUCCCUGCAGAGACUUUAUCGAAGAUAUGCCAGUGCAUCCUGCUUUUAACUGAAUACUCCAGUAUCUAAUGUUGACAUUUAACAUCAUUCUCUCUAACUGCCAGUUAAGCUUUCCGUCUUUCCUGCAAUGAAACAUAUGUGCCUGAAAAGUAAAUAGGCAGAAAGGUAUUCCAUUAUCUCCUCUUUCUUUUCAGCCUUUAUUCUCCUCACACAUAUUCCUCUGUGGCUCCCCACUCUCGGAUAACCCUCUCUCCAUAGGGUUCGCUCUAUUAGGCCCCCGCCGUCAUACAGCAACCGGCGAGGGAGCUGUGACUCACUCCCACCUUCCUCUGAAGUUUCCUGAUCUUUUACCAUUUAACCACUGACAUGCUUCAUGACGUUUUGUCUUGUAAAGUGUUUGCAUCAUUGUUUGAGAUCGGCCGCACUGACGGCAAUUGACUCAUAUUCGGGGAGAAAGGUUAAUGACAUGCCAGCCCGCGGCGGCAAGUUACCAGUUUGUCUCAGCGAGAUGCUUGUUCCUGCAUUUCGUCAUCUUUGUCGACUCUGUGGCACAUUCAAAAAUGUUUGUGGUGCAUUCAUUUCGUUCUGUGGCUACGUGGCCGAUUCAGCAGCGGUGCCUGGACGUGCGAACAUCAGAGAAACCUCUCUGGACUGUGGCGCUCUGCUGGCUCGCUGCGAUGAGCUGACAUAAAGGGAAGUGAAGCGAUCUGAAAGGAGCUGCGAUGCCAUCCGUCACCCGGCUUACAAAGCUGCUCAUUGCACGUUAAUGAAUUUUGGACUGGAAAAAAAUGUGCAGACAGGAAUCCCAUCUUUCAUAAUUUACAUUCACUAAGUGAAAAAUUAGGACACCCCUCAGAGGAUAACUCUGGUUUCACCCUCCCCACCACCCCCAUCUCCACCAUCUCAUCCUUACAGUUUUGCGUACAGCUCCGUCUGCAUUAUCGAGCCCGAUAAACAGUGUUAAGGUGCUAAUGCAUCGUCACCGUCUCUCACGUCCACACAGGGCCCAUUAGAGAGACUUCCUGACAGGCAGGUAGUAAUUACCUCAGGGUUUUAGCUUCAUUUAGCCUCUGCUCCACUCGGCUCAGCCACCUCUCAUCUGGAUUAAUGCUGCGGACAACAGAGGGGGUGACGCUGUCCCCCUUUGAAGCCUCGACACGACAUUACAGAUCCCUCAUUCAAGUCCGAGACCACUGACAUUUACUACAUCGCCAUGGUGAAAUAAAAGCACUUAGUCCAGGCUUACUUCUAAGGCCGGAUGACACCUUUCAUCACACAGGUCCUCUUUCCUGCUCCCCCCCACCUGCUGCUUGCAGUAACUGUAAAAGCAGUAUACGUAGAUACAUAGGAAAAGAAGUAAACUGUAGCCGAGGUCGACUGCAAUGCUUUGGCGUUCAUUCCUAUGUAGGCACUUACCUUCUCAGGGUCCCUCGUAUUGUGGUAUGAGUAAAGAAAAUGACCAGAGAUCCUCAGAGGGUCUGUAGAUGAUUCUGUAGCGGUACAAUAGAGUAGGUAGACGAGCUUAAAGCUAGAGUUAGGUUAAGAAUAGAAGAAAGUAGAAAGAUAGAAAGACAAAGGUUGAAAUGCAUGUAAGUUAAUUCCACCAUGAUUCAGAUUAAUAAAGGAACAGUUUGACAUUGUAGGAGACAGGCUCAUUUGCUUUCUGGAUGAGUUGAAUAAGAAGAGUGAGACCACAGCCAGCUUGGCAUUAGCUUAGCAGGACAGAGAAUGAGGAGAAAAAGGUCCCCUGGCUCUGUCGAAAGGUGCCUACCAGCACCUUGGAAGCUGAUAAAUGAACAUUAAACAGUAUCUCUCAUAUUUAGUUGAAAAACAAAAGUGUUAAACACUACAUAACUACGACCACAUGUGAACCCGUGGCCGAGUCAUAUCAACUGACUCAUCUAACUUUCUCCAAGAAAGCAAAUUAAUUAGAGAUGUAAGGUGUGUGUGUUCAUUUAAGUGAGAUUGAUAAGAAACAUCAGUCAGAGAGCGGACGACAAAGAUAGUGAGUCACAAUUUCCUGUAUGGAUCGGUCACAUGGUCAUCAACACCUCAAGACAUCUGUCUUGUCUCUUCACACGUCAUCCGUCCUGUAUCACUGCAGCAGCCACAUGAAUGGAAACAAAUAUAACUGCUGCGUUUUGCUCACAGUUCAGAGGCGUUUGGUGGCGACAUGUGACCACACACACAGACACACAUGCACACACACACACACAACUACAGUGGAUGAUUCACUCCUCUACUGAGAGAGCCGGUAUGAUUCAUCGGAUCCUCGCUGUGGCAGUGACAUUAAAGCAGACACUGCUACAGUAUGAGUGACCAGAUUGUUGAUUUAAAAAAGAAAUAAACUGUGUCUACUCAGACCCCUCCUGCCCCUGAGGCCCAAUCAGACCUCCAGCAGCACACACACACACACACACAAUAUCCGAAUGUACAACUAGAAUAUGAACUGAAAAAUAUGCAAGACACAUUCAAGGAUAAGGCUUUGAUACGUUUGCCCUCAUUCUUUGCUGUUGUUAAUUGUUUUUGUCUUUACAUGUUUUCUAUUUGUUUUUUAUUAUGAAUAGUAUUACACUUUUGAGAUCAGUAUAUUUUCUAACUGAUAUGUUAUUUUGUAGCACUUAUUAGAUGUUAUAUGAAUGCACUCAAAGAGUGUACCACAGUUCAAGUGCCUGUGUACAGUGUUGGCUCUUUACGUUUAGAAGUUUGAAGAUAUUUUUUGUCAUUUCUUUUCCACUUAUUUUAUGCUCGUAUGUGCAUUUGUUUGAUAAUUCGAGAGCUAAUGAAGGUUUUUACUAAACGGAAGUCAAAGAAGUAGAUGAACCUUGGAGACGCAAAGAAAACUGUAUAAACCUGGGAACAAUGUGGAGACUUACAGUACAAAUAUGUGUAUUCAUACUGUCCUUUAACAUGUUAUAAAUACUGGCAACUGUAAGGGUCAUGUAGCAUUAUGAAAACAUACAUGUCACCUUAGACGUCUACUCUCAAAGUCUCACAUGCUGUUAGUCAAUAGGAAUGCGCUCUACUGUGCAGAUCUUUUUGCGUGUACAGUCAGUUUCAUCAUGUUCCUCCAUUCCAGAGGCGACAGGACGUGUAAUUUGCAGUAACAUGAAACCCACGGUGAGGUUCACUGUGGUUCUCUGUGAUAUUAUCACUGCUAACUCAGUUGGAUCAGGACCUGCUACCGGGAAAAAAACUAAAACAAAACAAAACUGAAUGUCACUCCUACUUACCUACUAAUGUAAAAUGCAUUGUGUAAAUGUGAAUUUCUUAGAGUUGAUACCAGAUACAGAAAUACACUAUAAAAUGUACAAAAACUAAAAAUGUGUGCAAAUGAAGUGAGCAUCUAUAAUACAAUAAACAGAGAUGUCAUUGCA